AUGAACUUUCUGAAUAAAUUUUAUCCUCAAACGGGUGAUUGCGAGAAGGAUACAACGAAGUGUACAUUCGCGAACAGCUACGAAGAUAUGAUCAAGUUGUUCGGGAAUGUGAAAUACGAUGAAAGUACUGACAAUGCCGCGUAUCGUGGAUGGAUGUGGUUGUGCUGCAAUGAAAUUGGAUUUCUGCAAACAACUGACGAAGGCAGGAAUGUAUUCGGUGAAAUGGUUCCAUUGAACUUGUAUAUCGAUAUGUGCACAGAUCUGUUCGGUCCGACUGUUAAUGUGAAAACGAUAACGAAACGGAAUGCAGCCGCACAAAAAUAUUACGGAGGUGCUCAGAACUACAAGGCUGGUUAUCUAUUGCUAUGA